GCAUGGACAUUUUGCGAAACUCACCCCGCCCGAUAAGAUGAACCAGACCGAAGGUAUUCGGCAAAGAUACGUCAUCCCGACGAGCCUACAUACAAGAAGUCUCACGUCGGUUGUACUUCGUACUGUAUGCACCUUGUGUACCGAGCAAGCCAGCCUAUCUCCGGAGAGUAACACGAGUAAAAGCACUCGCUAACCUUCAGGUGGAUUGUUUCUUGGUAACGCCUAGACUUACGGCUUCUCAGUAUUUAAAGCCAUCUCAUAAGCAACUUGCUUCAUCAUCAUACUCCUACCAGUAUAAUAGCAAAGUAUUCUUUCAGGAUGCCUUUCACCGUCACCGUUCUGUUUUCAAACGUCGCCGAUGCGAAGUACAAUGAGGAGUACUACAAGAGCCACCACAUGCCACUCGUACUUGAGAAGUGGGCAAAGUACGGCAUGAAGAGCUUUGUCAUCACAAAGUUUGUUGCCGGAGUCGGGGGCGAGCAACCAGUCUACUCUUUCGGAGCUACGGUGGACUGGGAAACCGAAGAAGCAGCAAGGGAAGCUUUCGCGGGUCCCGAAGUAGGGGAGAUUAUGGCGGAUGUACCAAACUUCAGCAACAAGCCACCUGUCUUCCUUCUCGGUGCACCAGCCGGCAGUGGAUGA